CAAUACUAAUAACGCUAAAGGGAAGCUGUCGUAUUCAAGUGUUAACUAAACCUCCUGCCGUUCACAUUGGCUGUGAUAUUAUACAAAGUGUUUCCACGUGAAUUGCUAGUGAUAGCAUAGGUCGCUUUCACAACAGUGGUAUGUGUGGUAGUAGUAGAAGCAGCAGCAGUACCUGCAAGCCUUCAAAGUCACACCAACCGGAUGCCUGUCACAAUGAUAACGGAAAACAGACCAUUGUCUGGAUUGUGUGAUGUGGAUUUUCAGAUAUGAUGCUGUAAUGCUGCCGACAUGACAAAGGAGAUCAGCGGUUCAAUUUGGCCUCCAGAUCCUCACCACCCGCGAACCUCAGCAGCCAGAAUAUGACACCCACCUGAUCAACCCUAUUCCCUCCCUCCUUUCACAUUUCAUCCCCUGCUCCCUCCAUCUACACCUGCUCGUUCUUCACGUCCACCUCUUCCCUCCCCAUCCACCUGUUCCCCCUUCCCACCUCCUCCCCCUCUAACCCCCCCCUUCUGCCUGCAGUCCACCUCCUCUCCUCUCCUCUUCCCUCCCUUUUUCCCCCGCAGUCCUCCUACUGUACCAACACCACCUCCCCUCUCGCACCUCCUCAUUCCCACAACCAUGCUGCGCCUAUCUCGCUACCUCCGCCUCCGCCUCCUCUCCUCCCACUCCCCCUGCGCCGGCCGUCGGCCCCUGCGUGUGAGCCCCACGGCAGCCUCCCCGCGUGAUGACCAGGUGCUGUCUCAGCUUGAGGGCUGCUCUGGAGAGGAACAGCUGCUGGAGGUGGUGGGCCGGCAUAAGGCAAAGUUGUCCGUGGAGCACGUGGGAUGUGCCAUGGGCCUGCUCUGGCAGUUCCAGAGAGACAAGCCGCAGAUGCUGCGCACCACCGAGGCGGUGCGGGCACACCCCCAGUUCCUCACGCUGCGCGUCCUCGCAGAGAACAAGAUCAGCCUGAUGGACGACGCCACGGUGGUGGACAUGCUCUACAAUGCACUCCGGUUAAACGUGGAGCCCCAUGACUCUCUCAUCCAGCAGCUGGUCACAGAAGCCUGGAACAGACUCGACAGGUUUGAGAUGGCCACCCUGUCUAAGCUGUCCACCUGCCUGAGUGACCAGUAUCUACAGACCAGCCCUCUGAUGGGGGACAUCACUCAAAUCCUCAGCCAGAAGCUGCACUUGAUAGACGACGCCAGGGUCCUGACCAACUUCAUGAUCAGCGUGGCGACUCUGGCGUCCCCUCAGCUGCGUGACGCCCUCAUCGGGAAGGCAGAUGUACUGCUGGACAGCAUGGAUGACUCCAAAUACAACAACCCUCGCCGCGUGGUGCAGUUCAUGCGUAACUGUAAGCACGCUGACCGCGGCCUGCUGGAGAAGUGUAACCGGCUGCUGGUGCGGAACCUUCCGGCCAUGCGCAUCGAGGACAUCUCCAUGGUGACGGGGCUCUACCAGACGCUGCAGUUCAACAAGUGUGACUUCCGUCUGGGCUCACGGGAACGGCUGCUGGAGCUGCUGGACAACGACGCCGCCGAGCACACACACGCACACACACACACGCACACCGAGCCCGCCGUCUUCACCAAGCUCUUCGCUACGCUCGCACCCAUGGCCAGCACACACACACGCGACAGACUGGAGGCCAUGGCUCUGCUCCUGGCGGAUGAGCUGAGUAGUCAGCAGGCCCUGGCUGUAGCAGAGACCCUGGAGGAGAUCCAGUGCAGAAACCCACAGCUCAUCAACAAGAUAGCAUCCAUCCUGCAUAAGAGCCUGGAUCAGUAUCGGCCAGUGGAGAUUGCCAGGGUCGCACAGGUGCUGCUGUUGCUGCACUAUCAGAGCCCAGACCUCUACAGCCGACUCAGGGCCAUCAUGCUCAGGUAUCUGCAUUCUAGUGUGUUUCCGUACGAGGUGACCAUGUUGACGCGUGUGCUGUCGAUGUUGCCCUCUCCGCGUGCGGACGAGUCCAUGCUGGCGCGGGUAGAGGCGGUGCUGCCCCAGUGCACCAUCAACGACCUCAACACCUACGCCCUCGCUGUGGCCAAGUGGCUACGACAUGACCCCACCUACCUGCACAGUACGCCCAGCCGCUAUGUCAGGUUACUACAGAGCCUGAACCGCUAUGGUCACGAGCGUCUGCGUCUGGCGGACCGCUUGGAGGAGCUGCUGGAUGAGCUGCGGUACCUGUCGGGCGAGUGGUACGAGGACAUGCUGCUGGAGGACGCGGUGGCCGCGUGCCGACGCCUCAGCCACCAGAUCACCCCCGGCAACCUGCCCGACAUGGCCGUCGUCAUCACGCGCACCAACUACGUCUGCCCAGCCCUCCUAGACCACCUGGCCAAGGUGGCACUGGAGAAUAUCGAAGAGGUCCACUUCUCUGGCACCUAUGCCAUCCUGCUACCGUUUGCUGUGCUCAACUAUGAUACGCCGUUGGUGGAUGAGCUCUUCAACGCCUGCAUACAACACCUCAUACCUCACAUUGGUUCGUUUGACCCCCAUCUGCUGGUGCUGUUGGCGUAUGCUCUGGCCCUGGCCGACUAUUUCCCAGAGGAGGUCAUCAAGGAGAUCUUCAGCGUAGACUUCCUCGCAAGACUAGACUCACAACUGGAGACUCUUCCGGAUGCCCUGAACAUGCGUAUCCGUCUGCGUCUGAUGGAGUUGAACAGGGCCGUGUGUCUCGAGUGCCCAGAGUAUCAGGUGCCCUGGUUCCACGACCGCUUCUGCAGACAGCACCAGAGGAGAGGUAAUGGUUCAGUGACUCCUGUGCAGCAGCAGAUCCACAAGAUGCUGGGAGAGGUGCUGGGGGGAAUCAACUGCGCUCGCGUCUCCGUCACAACGCCAUACUACUACACCGUCGACUUUGAGUGUGUGUUGGACCGCCAGGGCCAGGCGGUGCCCUAUACAGCCCCCACCCACCUGCACAUCCGGGAGAACGGCAAGGUGCAGUGGGAAACACAGACGCCCGAGCAGGAGAGACUAGCAGAACUACCCCCCGGCGCUCAGAGGAUUGCCGUGGACUUCCUGGGACCAAAGUCAUUCUGCAGAAACUCACGGCUGCCGAAAGGAGAGAUCCUGAUGCGGAGACGGCACUUGGAGAUUCUUGGAUACCGUGUCAUCCAGAUUCCUCAUUUCGAGUGGAACUCUAUGGAGCUGUCCACCCCAGACGCCUGGAAGCAGUACCUCAAGAAGAGGAUAUUCCAAGCACCACCAUGACGAAUACAAAGAGACUAUUAUACCUACUUAUGUGCAUCUUAAUAUAUUUUUGUAAAAGGUCACAUUCUACAUUAUGUUGCCAAAGCGUUCCAUGAAUGUUUGGACAUGGUUUGCCGAUGAGAUAAACAUCGGGACUACAUACAGUACAAGGGAGAGCUACUGUACCUGCAGUGGCUGUUGAAAUGCACUGUGGACUAAAUGAACAAUGCAGAAGUGUUACUUACCAAACGACAAAAAAAGAAGAUGGAUGCCUUGGGAAAUACAGUAUAUCAUGUGUUUGAUCGUUGGAAUACCAUUGCUACUGAAUGUCUAAUAAAUCAUUUUGUGGUCUUUUG